AUGAGGGAUGCCCACAACCUGCCUUUGGGGCAUAAAUACGAGAGUCUGAUAGAUCCACUGCACGUGACCCCCAGUGCCACUGGCUACUGUACCUCCAGGGACGAGGGAGCAUCCGCUGCUCGUGAGGGGGCAGACUGCGCCAGCACUGAGGCACCUCUGGUGGCACAGGGCCAUGCUCUGCUGACAUCACAAGCAGAAUGCAGGGGCCGGGCAGCAACGUACCUGGCUCUCCUUGACAUGCAGCAAGUUGCACGGCCAGCCCAGGACCAAGUCCCAGCCCCACAGCCCCCUGCCCAGCCCUCGAGACCUUCCCAAGCCCAGCUCCUGAUGAGUAACAAUGCUCUCCGUACAUUUGAGGACCAAGUUCUGUGUCCCAUUUGCCUGGAGGUGUUCCACAACCCGGUCACCACUGCCUGUGGCCACAACUUCUGCAUGACCUGUCUCCAAAGUUUCUGGGACCACCAAGCUGCCACAGGGGAGACCCACUAUUGCCCCCAGUGCAGAGAGAGCUUCCCCUCCAGGCCCCGGCUCUGCAAGAAUGUCAUCCUCGGGGAGAUGGUGGCCUGCUUCACCCAGUCCAAGAAUCAGGCCUUGGGGCCCUUGUGGAACACAGCUGGGCCCAGGGACGUGCCCUGCGACUUCUGCUCCCCGCAGAAGCUCCGAUCUGUCAAGUCGUGCCUGCACUGCGUGGCCUCUCUCUGCGAGAAGCACCUGCGCAGCCACUUUGAGGACCAGAUGUUCCAGAGCCACCAGCUGCUUGAACCUGUGCGGGAUCUCAAGACCCGCUUGUGCCGCAAGCAUCGCAAGCUGCGGCAGCUGUACUGUCGCACGGAGGGCUGCUGCGUGUGUGGAGCCUGCCUGCUGGAGGAGCACAAGAACCACGAAACGGCCCCGCUGGAGGAGGAGCGAGCCCGCAAGGAGAUGGAGGUUCGGAAAGUUCAGGCCAAUGUGGAGAAUGAGAUGCUAAUCAUUGCCUCUGAUAGCCAGAAGCACCAGGGGCGAGUGACGUUUCUCUCGAAACUGAUCCAGACAAUGCGGGAUGAGGUGAAAACCUGCUUCUCAGAGAUCAUUCACGAGGUCAAACAGCUGCAGAUAAAGGUCUUGGAUUUUGUGGAGAAAGAGGAGGCGACCGCCCUGGAGAAGCUGGGCAGCUCCAUCCAGCAGAGUCACAACCGGCUCCUGAAGCUGGAGGGGGACAGUGUCUGGCUCCACACCCUGCUCACCAACCGAAGUGAUGAGCAAUUCCUGCAGGAGUUCCCCAAAUUGAAGCACAUCCCAGUCUGCAUGGAACCCCUGAUGGGCACCAACUGUGAGGAGACCCAGAGCUUCCUCCAGCUGCCAGAGACCCUUGCUGAGCUCCGGACCCAGCUGGUGGACAUGGGCCUCAGUUUUAUCAACCAGCUCCUGAUGAAGGGCAUUAGAAUGAACUCCUAUGAGGUGCUGCCGCUAACCACGGACAGGAAAACACUCCUCCAAUGUUACUGCAACCUGAACUUCGACCCCUCCACCGCCAGCGAGGAGCUGUUCUUGUUCAAGGAGACCCACUCGGUGCUGAACCUGGGCAUCCUCCUGGAGCCCACGGCCGCGGGCGGCCCGGUUCCCGGCUUCAAGCAGUGGCCGCAGGUGCUGUGCUCCCGCAGCCUGUCCGAGGGCCGCCACUACUGGGAGGCGGAGGUGUCCAACUCGUGGAUGUGCCUGGGCGUCACCUACCGCCGCAGCCCGCCGCUCAACGGCCUCCCGCGCCGCAACAUCGUCUACCUGCUGGGCCGCAACCCCUACUCGUGGUGCCUGGAGUGGGACUCGCUCAAGUUCUCCGUGUGGCACAACAACACGCAGACGGUGCUGCACGGCGCCUACCACCGCACGCUGGGCGUGGCGCUCGACUGCGGCGCCGGCUGCCUCUCCUUCUACGGCGUGGCUGGCGGCGUGAGCCUGCUCUACCGCUUCCUCGUCACCUUCCUCGAGCCGCUCUUCCCCGCGGUCAUGGUCAGCAGCGGAGCCUCGGUCACGCUCAAGCAGCGCCCCGAGGCGUAGGCGGCACCCCGCCGGCUCAGGGUGACGGCCAAUAAAGCUGGACUCUGAGCGCCGGCUGGGCAGAGCCGUGAAGGGAGGUGGCCGGCGCCGCGUGGUUCCUGGCGUCCAGGGUGGAGGGUGGGCGGCCCUCCUGCUUCGGGCUGCAGCCCCUGCCAGGCAGUCCCAGGAGUUGCCAAUGGGUUGAUCUGUUCUUUGACGUGGCCACAAGAACCAGGCUGGAGUUCCUCCGGGGAUGGGGACAAGCCUUAGAACCCUGGAAGAAGCCAUUUCUGCCCCUGUGCUCAGCCUAACACGAAUCUCCCACCCCAACAGAGGCUCCUGGCCUUGGUCCUCCGGCUGAUCCUUGUCCCUCAGCACUGGGGCCUGUCCGCCCAAUGCCUUGCUGCCUGAGUCUGGGCCAGCUGACUUCUGACUUCUCCCUCCCCAGAUGGCCAAGCGUAGAAGUGGCACUAGGCGGAGCGGGUAGGGAUGGUCGAAGUCCUAGCUUAGCGGGUCACUAGGGGGUUAAGAUGGAGGAAUCCAGGACUAUCUCAGAUUCAAAACUGGUAGGCUGAAGUCCAAGGGCCAGGCAGUAGCCCAGCCUGCGGACCCCACUGCCCAAAGCAGGGCUUCUCCCACCACUAGUGUUUUCAAGUCAGCUGCCCUGCUGGGUGGGUAAACUUAGACUACCCUCCACCCACCUAAGGCUCCUAAGACAGGCUCCCUACCCCACAAGUCAUGAGCCCACUCCACUCGGGGCUCCAAAGGAAUAGAACCUCUGCCAUCUGACCUGUCCAGUGGGAUGUGUGCAUGUCUGAGGACAGGCUGGAUCCAGGACAGUUCUCUGCCUAGGGACCUUGGCAGGGCCAAGACUUGGGGGUCUGGUCCUCCCUGGAGAAGCUGAGGACUCUGGCCCAGCAAAAAACCACCUUGGUAUUUCCAGCCUCAACCAGCCCCAGUUCCUGUGGAUCCAAAGUGAGGUUCUAAAAGUUAAUGUUUGACUCUGAAAAGGAAAUGGUGCAAGUCAUGGGAGAGAAAAUCCCUCAGGGCAAAGCAGUUGGCACCCAGGUUAGAUGGCACCCACAAGGUUUCUGGAAUUCCACCCCUGCUCACCUGGUUUCUGGGGAAAUAAGUGACCCUAUUUUCUCCUUGAGGCGUUUAUUUUGGAGGAGGCAGAGCAGGAAGAAAACGGGUGUGGGGUGCGCUCUGAAGCUCUCUCGGAGGUGCAGCUCGUGGUGACCUUUCUCCCUGGAGUCUUCACUCAGCUCGGCUCUCCUGACUUUCUCCUUUUUAGUUGCAGAUGGACAUAGUACCUCUAUUUUAUGUAUUUUUAUGAGGUGCCAAGGAUUGAACCCAGUGUCUCACACAUGCUAGGCAAGGCUCUGCCACUGAGCUACAGCACCAGCCCCUCUAGUGACUUUUAUUCCCCACAGGCUGCUGUCCCUGCGCUUAACGAGUAGUGAGAUGAAAGUCUGUCCCCGUGUUGGAAUUUUCUUUUGCCCCCACAGCACACCCCAUCUUCCUUGUUCCUGACUCAAAGGGGAAGCCAGAGGAGGGCUGAGUCUUUUUCGUGCCUGGGCCGAGGUCAGAAGAUACUGAGGAGGCUAAUGAACACAAUAGGGCCACAUGGAUCUCCAGGUCUCCCCCAGCAGGGGGCUGCAAAGGAGGGCUCCCUCUCCCCCAGCUCCAAGGAUGCCUAUUCUUAGCAGCAGGGUGUACGUGAGGAGCUCGCCUCCAAAGGCCUGUGUGGUUUACUGGAUUUCUCAAACAGCUGGGGGUUUUGUUUUUUGUUUUGGUUCUGGGGAUUGAACCCAGGGGUGCCCUACCACUGAGCUGUGCCCCAAACCCUUUUUUUAAUUUUGAAAUAGGGUCUUACUAAGUUGCCGAAUGUCUUGCUAGGUUGCCCCGGCUGGCCUCUAACUUGCGAUCCUCCUGCUUCAGCCUACCGAGUCACUGGGAUGACAGGCGUGUGCCACCAUGCCAGGGAGCAGCCUACACUCUUCACCAUUAUUAUCAGCCUCUUGUCUGAUGUGGUGUUGUGGAGAACUCGCACAAUAGGGAGACAGAGAAAACCACCCAUAUUCUCCUCCCUCAAGACCCUCCCUGGAAUAUCUCCUCCCAGUCUUAUGCAAACAGAGCUACAGGCCAGCUGGAGAUGUAGAAAACCAGGAAACAGUUAUAACCUAUAUGCAUUUUCCUAAGUUACUUUCAAAAUGUAAAAAUAAUGUGUUCACUUGUACGAUGCAUAAUUAUCACAAGCUGCAAACGUGUCC